AGCAGUACUGAAAAAUGAAAGAGGAAUCACGCCUGCCAAAGCAAAAGGGGAGAGAGGAGAUGGGAAUGGGUUUGUAAUAAAGAAUAAGAAAAAAAAAAGGUACAUUUGGGCAUUGAAUAUUGAAAAAUAUUGAUCACAAAAUUGAACAAACUCCAAAAGGCUUCUUCUUGUUCUUCUUCUCUGAUAUUUCAUAACUCAAAUGAAACUUGUUUGUUUCUCUUCCUCUCCUUCUUCACCUUUUUCCAUUAUCUGUCUUCCUAUUCCUAACUUGUUCAUGCAAGAAUCAAAGAACUCAAACACAAGGACGAAACCUUGGUAUCAGAAAGCAAUGGAGGUGGGGAGCCUAUGGAGAACAAUUUCCAAUAAGUCCACUACUACUACUACAAACGACACUACCUCCUCAUUAACGAUAUGGAAAACAAUAUCCAGAACGACAACAGAAAUGUCAAGUAAUGGUAAUGGUGCAACGACACCAAAUUCUAAUAACAACAGACAAAAUAAGCUAAGGAAGUGUAGCUCUCUCAAGGUGGCAACUUCAUUGACUAGGGUUUGCCUUUGUGCACCCAUAUCAUCCUACAAUGAAGUGUUCAGAGCUGAGAUGAACAUUCCUCCUAGAAGGAGCAACAGCUAUCCCAGAUCAUCAUCAUCAUCAUCAUCAAAUAACAAUAAUAAUAAUAAGCUGAGUUCAUCAGCAGCAGCAUCAUCUGGUGUUCAUCAUCAUCACCAUCUUCAAGAUCAUAAUCAUCAGACUAGGGUUUCUACAAGUGGGAGGCAUAGCAUGGAAGGUAGAAGAGUGAUAUUCAGAGGGAAGUCAUUAAGUGAAGAUGUUUUGAUGAGAAGAUUUGUGGUGGAUGAAGAAGCUUCCAUGAUGCAACUCAGGAAAAGGAACCAAAUGGAAGUCAUUAGAAGAGGAAAUCUCAUGCGAAGGAAGAAGCUUGGCCCUAGUCCUCUUAGGAGAAUGGUCAUGGCUACAACAACUACUACCACUACUACUCAUUACUAAAUUUGUUAAUUCAUUGAUUUAUUACUUACUUUUAUAUUAUUUAAGCAUUAUUAAUUAAUGUUUCUUUUUAUUAUAUUAAUAAUAUAUCAUUUCUGCAAAUUAA